AUGCCCAAAAUUCCUGCCAUACUCAGCUUUUUGCUUGCCCUCGGCACCGGUAUUGACCUCACAUCCGCCGCCGCCCCGGCCCACGCUGGCUUUCACGUCCAGUACCCAUGGUCGUCCCGCGGUGCCAACCUCCCCUCCCGGGCAGAGUUAGAUGAGUUCCACCCUUUUUGCCCAAAAGGGGAGAUCGUGCACAACCCCCAAGCCUACGCCCGCAGCUCCCGCACAUUCCUUUCCUUCUCUGGCCAUCCUGGAGACCUUGUCACGGCUCUUUACACCCGGAACAGAGUGCCGAAGAAGAGGGACGACUUCCCCCAUGUCAUCCUGCAGGACUUGCCAAUCCAGCCUUCAGGACAGGUGUGCGUCAAUGUCACGAUACCAUUUGAGACCAAAGUCAAUGAGAUGGGAGUCAUGUAUUUUGAGGCCAAAGAUCCGGCGACAGGCAAUAUUAAAUAUUUUUGCACUGAUGUUAAGAUGGCUGACACAGAGGCUCUUCCUGAGGAGCAUCCGGCCAUGUGUGCAGCUGGGAACGAGACACUUAUUCCAAUGCCGGAUGAGUACCUGUAG